AUGAAGGUCUAUAUCCUCUUGGGUGCUUUGCAUUGGGCGCUGGUCACUCGUGCGGCAUAUGACAGAAACCGAGGUGGUGCUGUUCUGAAAGCGCCAGCUGAUGAUGCUUUCAGAACAGUAAGUGGUACAUUCACCGUACCAGCCAACUUGACGGGAGAUAAUCGCCUCUCCAUAUGGGUCGGAAUUGGCGACAGUUUGACACAAACAUAUGUAGUUGGCGGCGGUGUGUCGUUCAACAAAACGGUAUCGACGUGGUCAGCUUUCUUCCCAGGCGCCCCCACAGACGCCACUGCAGAAGUUCCGGCCGCCAUCGGAGACAACAUGACUAUCACGAUUAAUGUCGACGCAGGAGCAGCCGGUUUGGUCACCAUAGAGAACCUGACGCAAAACAAAAAGACCACGCAGACGGCGUCUGCACCGCCCAGCGCUGCGCCAACCGCUUUGACGGCUCUUGUAGCAGACUGGUGGGUUCAGGCAUACCAAGUCGUGCCCGGCGAGCUCGUCAAGGUGCCCGAAUUCGGCACGGUGUCGUUCACGGGCAUAUCUGCUAUCACACAAAAGGGCAUUACUGUUCCUUUCUCCGGGGCAGGUGCAUAUGAGAUCCAAGGCACUAGUGGCGAGAUGUGGUCGAACACUACCAUCUCGAGCAGUGGUAUCUUGGUGCGAAGGCGCAAUGGACCCGGUUGCGAUGCCAGCGAUCCUUGCGGGAACCAAUGAUGGUGGAACGAGACGAAGUGUGCAUGGAGGGGUGAAUGUUCUGGCAUAGAGCUUAUCGAUGACAUCAACGCCAAAAAUGAAUGAAACGCAGUAGAAUGACGCCCAAAGCUGGUUGUAAUCGUAGCAAUGCCUGCGGUGUCGGUCCCAUGCGUAGAGCAGCGUGGUG